CGGACAUGUGAGCGGUUGCACAGGUGCCCAGAAACGGUUUCGGCACGCCAUUGUGGAAAAUAGUAACUUUCACAUUACUGACUCAUCACUGUGAGCUUGUUUCCUUAGUUGAGUUAUCCCGAGUGACAAGAAAGUGACAAAGAAGAAACUACUCCACAAUGGCUACGGACUCUUGGGCACAGGCGGUGGACGAGCAAGAAGCCGCGGCGGACUCGAUCGGUGGCCUCACAUUAAAAGAGAAACCAGAGGCAAACGGCACGGCAGCAAUAGCAACAGACUCCAGCAGUGCAGCCGCAAAGUCGGAAGUGCAGGAAGAAAAGAAGCCUGCAGAUGAAGACGACAAAGACGACAAGGCGGCGCAGUCUUUAUUGAACAAGUUAAUUAGAAGUAAUCUAGUCAGUAACACAAAUCAAGUGGAAGUUCUUCAGAAGGAUCCCAACUCUCCGCUCUACUCUGUCAAGUCUUUUGAGGAGUUGCGACUCAAACCACAGCUGCUUAACGGUGUGUACGGCAUGGGUUUCAACCGGCCAUCCAAAAUCCAGGAGACGGCCUUACCGAUGAUGCUGGCCGAACCUCCACAGAAUCUGAUUGCCCAGUCACAGUCGGGAACAGGGAAAACAGCUGCUUUUGUCCUGGCCAUGCUCAGUCAUGUAGAACCCAACAACAAAUAUCCCCAGUGCCUGUGUGUGUCACCUACCUAUGAACUGGCACUCCAGACUGGCAAGGUAAUCGAGCAGAUGGGAAAACAAUAUGAGGAGGUCAAACUCGUCUACGCCAUCAGAGGAAACAAAUUGCCACGGGGCACAAAGCUGCAUGAACAGAUCGUCAUUGGCACGCCUGGUACCAUGCUGGACUGGUGCAGUAAAUUCAAGUUCAUAGACCCCAAGAAGAUCAAGGUGUUUGUGCUUGAUGAGGCCGACGUCAUGAUCGCCACACAGGGUCACCAGGACCAGAGCAUCCGCAUCCAGAGGAUGCUGCCUGAAAACUGCCAGAUGUUACUGUUCUCCGCCACGUUUGAAGAGACUGUGUUGAACUUCGCCCAGCGCAUUGUGCCUGAACCCAACAUCAUCAAGUUGAAGAGAGAGGAGGAGACGCUGGAUACCAUCAAACAGUACUAUGUGCUGUGCAACAGCAGAGAGGAGAAGUUCCAAGCCCUGUGUAAUAUCUACGGAGCCAUCACCAUCGCCCAGGCCAUGGUCUUCUGCCAUACAAGGAAGACUGCGGGCUGGCUGGCAGGCGAGCUGUCCAGAGAAGGCCACCAGGUGGCGCUGCUCAGCGGAGAGAUGCAGGUGGAGCAGAGGGCCGCUGUCAUCGAUCGCUUCAGAAACGGAAAGGAGAAAGUUCUGGUCACUACAAACGUCUGUGCCCGAGGUAUCGACGUCGAGCAGGUUUCUGUGGUGAUCAACUUCGACCUUCCUGUAGACAGGGAUGGUAACCCGGACAACGAGACAUACCUGCACAGGAUUGGCCGCACAGGUCGAUUUGGCAAAAGAGGACUGGCCAUCAACAUGGUGGACAGCAAGUCGAGCAUGAACAUCCUCAACAGGAUCCAGGAGCAUUUCAGUAAGAACAUCGAGAAACUAGACACGGAUGAUCUGGAUGAAAUUGAGAAAAUCGCCAGCUAAAGAGAGCAGCGUUUAUCACACCAAGGACGCCCCACUCCCCCUCCCCUCUUGGCUCUCCAAGGACUGUACGCUCCUACAGCGUUUUACGCUUUUAUUUCUUUUAGCUGUCAGAGGGAAGAGCAAAGCCACAAACGCAGCAUAUGUUUACAAGUGGAUUCUGUCUCCUCUCUGACGAGUGUUUUGUAAUUCUCGGGAACAUACCCCAUUUCACUCUUUGUACUUCUUUGAAUAAAGUCUAUGAUUUUAUUGCUGUGUAUUGUAAUAAUGCAGCCACAGUGGAAUCUGUUUAACUGAACAGAGAGUUCAAAACACUAUUUGGUUCUGGCUGUAGUGGUGGCAUGAUACAAGCUAUUCUGUAAAGAGAUUUCCCAAAAGGAAAAAUAACAAUUUUAUGUGCCACAUUGUUUUACAUUUUAAAAGUAGGAAAGUAUGAUUGAAUGUAAGCGUAUCACGUAGAUCAGUACAGCAGUUACUGUGCUGUAAAUGAAUUGACUACAAAGUGUGAAGUUGGGUAUGCUGCCGAGCGGUAGAUUAAUCAUUGAGAUUGUUAAUGAGGGUUAUGGUUGGGUUUCAAGGGUCUAUGCAAGCUUAUCAACCUGUGAUAGCUAUUUUCAAAUAAUAUCAACCUGUAUUCACAUGAAAGAAAUGAAUCCUGAAUUAACCUCAGCUUUAGCGUCAGGGUGUGUAGUCAAAUGGCUGCCUAGAGUCAUAAGACACUAAUAACUCCAAGUCAUGGACAUACAAAUAUCUUUUCUUAAGCUAGUAUUUAACCAUCAUUCACCCACACAUCUUACGCAUGUCAUUUGUAUCCUUUUUUAAAUGAUUACGACUUUUAUCAGGAUAUCUUGGCACCACUUCCGAUCAUUAAUCAUUUUAUUUCUAAUGUGGACAUCAGUGUCACUCUUCAUCAUUGUUUCCAAUCAGGGUCUCCAGUUUGACCUGACUCAGCUACAUUCACCCAGACUGUGCUGUUAUUAUAACGCAAUGCCUUCCUCAAGUGCAUUAUAUAUACAUAUGAUUUUGUUUCUAAGACAUUGGGCUUCAUAUUCUGACUAACACUUGACAUUUUGAUUAUAUAUUGAGCGUCUUUAGGAUGUGUGAAACCAAAUGCUGAAUUGACUGAGGACCUAUGCCAAUCAGAUUCAUUGUGUUGCUUCAACACUGACGCAUGGAUAAAUAAACAUGUACUUGUGUACAUAUAAAAAAAGAAAUAGGUUAAAGUAGUGCAAAAAAAACAUUCCUCACAAGGUUCAAUUUUGACAGACGCGGCUCUUCGAAUACGGUGAGCCUAAAUCAGUUCAUCUUGCAUCAGAGGUACAAAAUAAUAGGAACAGUGGGUGGUCUGGUGCGUUUGAUCAACACGCUGGAACAUUAAGAGCAGGGAUUUAACCUCGUACAAACCUCAUCUGGCUCUCACCGAAAUUAAGAAGACGGCUGGUGGUAGUCCGGUUUUAAUGGACUGUUUACGGACGAUUAGAAACAAGUGAGAGUGCUCUGAAGACUUUCGGGUAAAGAACCAAUGUAUGCAGUUUUAUUUGGACAUCUGGAUGUAAAAAUGAUCAGUGAGUGUGUGCAUUUUGUUGAUCCAUAAUGUAAAAAACCACUGGACCAGAGCCAUGGACACUCAAAGCAGUUUUGGCUACAGGACUUGACACUCCUCUUCUCCACCUGUUGUAUACCUUGUUUGAUUAUAUUCAGAACCUACCAGAACCCUGUUCAUACACAUAGGAGUAAUACUGCCUGACGAGGCUUAAAGAACGUUGUCUGUAACCUGAAGGUCAUGUGUAGACAAUGAUAGGUUCAAGGUGUGUGGUAUUCUGUAGCUGAGCUGCGUUCAUGGACACAGUUUAUGUAUUGUUAAUAUGAAUUAAAACAACAUGAACAUGUUA